AUGAGCAACUCAAAGAGAAGAAUAGAAACAGAUGUGAUGAAACUUUUGAUGAGUGACCAUGAAGUUGAACUGGUAGACGAUAAUAUGCAAGAGUUCCAUAUCAAGUUUCAAGGUCCUAAGGACACACCCUACGAGAAAGGCUUUUGGAGGCUACACGUAGAACUUCCGGACAACUACCCCUACAAAUCUCCCAGUAUAGGGUUCGUGAACAAGAUUUUCCAUCCUAAUAUCGACGCAGCGUCAGGAUCUAUAUGUCUUGACGUGAUCAACUCGACGUGGAGUCCGCUGUACGACCUUAUAAACAUCGUAGAAUGGAUGUUACCGGGUUUGCUUAAGGAGCCGAACGGGAGCGAUCCGCUCAACAAUGAAGCUGCCACGUUACAAUUGAAGGACAAAGAGCUGUACGAACAGAAAAUACAAGAAUAUAUUGACAAAUAUGCGACUCGUGACCGCUACGAGGCCAUGUUCGGGGUCAAGGACCCUGACGACGAAUAUGACGGCGACGACGUUGACGACGAUGGGUUUGGAGACGAUGCCGACGACGCCAUGAGUGAUUUGGAAGAUGGAGAUUUGAGUUCCAGUGACGAAUUGAGUAAUAUCGAGCUUUCGGACGGUGACGACGACAACGACGUCGACGACGAGAUGGAUCUUUCCGAAGGAAGUCUUGCAACCUGA